AAAAAGUUCUGUAUUUAGGGUUUAACAGUGUACAGUAAUAAGGCAUGGGGCCAUAUAUCAAAUAAUGAGGCAACAACAAGACAUUGAAAAAAAAACCCACUCAGCUCAGAGAGAAUAUAGUUGAAGACUCUAUUACUUGGUUUUAGUCAGUUUUAAAAGUUUAUAUUAUCUUAGUAACCGUCGAUUUAUUUUAUAGAAUGACAGGGGAAACAAAGUUGCAAAGAAAAUCAAAGACCUCCAACUUUCAAUUUUAUGAAGAGGAGGAAGAUCAUGUCAAGGUCACUACCGUGCCUGGGAAAGUAGAUUCUGAAGAUAUUCCAGUUCUGUGUUCAACAUGUCAACAAACAAUAUACCCAAGUCAUCUUCAUCAUCAUAAAAAAGAGCACAAAGCCCUCAUGGUUCUGGGUUUUAGUCACCCAUGGUCAGAGAUAGACACAAAAACACUUUUAACUAGGAGAUGGAAACUAAUCAGAAGACUGCUCAAGUCUUCUCAGUACAGUGAAAGAGAGAAGCAGAAGAUUGAUUAUUCAUUUGAGCUACUUAAAGAUAGGUCAAAGUGUUCAUCAUAUUAUGAUACUGAUAAUAUUGUCAACAGUUGUAGGUAUCCUACAGUCAGAAAUUCUCUAAUAAAAGCUUUAGCAGUCUGUCAAGAUAAAAAUGCUGUGUGGAGGCCAGAUAUGGAAGACACAUUUGUUGUGGUAGAUAACUAUGGAAAGAAAUCAGAUAGAUGUUUUUUGGGUGUGCUUGAUGGAUGGCAUGGCACGUCUGCUGCUGAAACGGUUUCAACUGAACUUCCACUUUUAUUUCUUGACCAACUUUCUCAAGCCGAUUCCUCCUAUGAAGUGCAUGAAGAUGAGCAAACCAUUCUAAACUCUUUUUCCACAGUAAUCAAGGAGAAUUAUAGGGAACAGGAGAAAAUUUUCUUUGGUGAAACACAGAUUGGUAACACUGCCAGCACAAACACCUACGAAUGGAUUCACAAAGCAUAUGUCAAGGCAUUCUGGAGAAUGGACAGACUUUUACAGCUGGGAAGGAAUGAAGUUUCCAAAGUUCGCUGGAGUGGCUGUACAGCUGUCACCUGUUUAUUGGAAAGAGUCAACAAUGGAAAGCCAGGCUGCAUCAAGAAACAAGACAAGGCAAAGUUGCCCCAAAACAGCAACAGCAACUAUUCAAUGGAUUCAUCCAGAAGUGAUGGUGGCAUAUUACAUGUGGCUAAUACUGGUAAUGUACAUGCAGUCUUAUGCAAACAUGGAAAAGGCUACUGCCUUACCAAAGAGCACAGCACUUCAAAUUUAACUGAGAGAACACGUAUCCUUCAAAAUGGUGGGAACAUCAGUACAAAUGAACCCAAAGGACUAGUAGAAGGACUCAUCAGAGCUACUCGUGGCCUUGGACAUCAUGGAGACCCAAAGUUGAAAAAAUCCAUUAUUCCUGUACCUCAUACGACCUCUAUUCCUGUAGAUGAUUCAUGUCAAUUCCUCAUUUUAGCUUCUAAUGGGCUUUGGGAAGUUUUGGAUAAAAGUGAAGUGGUUAAAUUAACAUUAACAAUGUUCACCUAUUAUUUGGAAAUGUACAAACAUGCUGAGCUAGAGUUUUCUGUGUGUAAACAGCAGGACUCAAUGGUUCCCACUGUGGAUGACGUGAAUGAUUCAAAAGGCAUUAAUGACCUAAUGGAAGAAGUCAACUUACUAUAUUUUAAUAUAAAUGUUUUUCUGAAUCAAUCUGAAGACAGUUCAAAACAAAAUGAUGCAAGUUCGCACUUGUCUAACAACAGUAGACAUUUGCAAAACGAAGACAAACUGCAGCCAGGUUUCAGAGAGAGUUUGGAAAAAGAGCAUGAACUAGAUGACCAUAGAAAACAACGUGAUACAGAAGUGUGUCUCUCUGAUAAUCACAGACCAUGUUCACAAAACACAGAAAUAAUCCAGUUAGGCUCCAUCACUCAAGAACAUUUUGAAGUAGUGGAAAAGCUGGAAGAUGUUACAGAAGUAGGUGCGUCUAACAAUCGUGAAUCACACUCACAAACGGCAGGACGAAGAAGAAAUAACUCUGAGACCUUCUAUGAGAAUGCAGCAAAUUAUAUUAGCAAACAACUGGUAAAGACUGCGCUAGCAGCAGGUUCUAGAGAAAACAUUACUAUUUUAGUUGUACUUCUGAAUGGAUGUGACAAGAUACCCAAUUAUAUUAGCAUAUAACAUAUACCACAUGCUUAGUAG